AUGUUAAAACUUCCCGAUUCGCCGCCGCCUCCCGGUGAAGACGGAAAUGGCAUAAGGAAGUAUUCUUAUCACUUGGGUUUCGACCUCAUCAACAAACGGUAUAAGUUACUCAAGACAUGUUGUGGUUAUGAUGUGGCCAUUCUCACUGUCGGGGUGGACUCUGCUUGGAGAAUCUUAGAUGCCAGUGAACAAAUGAUAAAGCCUCCAAGUAAAUGGUUGGGUGGAAUUCUUUGCUGGGAGCAGAAUAGUUGUAGAAUUACGGCAUUUGAUCUGACUAAGGAGAGGUUUAUUCACAUUGAUCCUGUACCCCGAGAAGUAUUCCCUUCAGAGACGUCAUAUGAGUUGCAUCUGGUGAAUUUCGGACCAAAUUUAGUCGCGACGAGUAAAUCAACACAUUUUGAUACCAAGAUUCUACGUCGUUACCUUAAUACAACAAAUAAUGGAUGUGGAACUUGGCUAGACGAGCUACCAAUGCUAUUACGGAUGCGAUAUGUGCGAGAACGACGAGCAUUUCGAGUGGUAGGAGGGCCACGAGAACCAGAAUUUUUUAUGCCAACCUACAUGAACAGGAGGACUACUACUCUGGAGUGUGAUCAGCCUACGACUCGGGUUCAUCGAGAGGGUUGCGAUCAACACUACAUUGAAAACUUUCGAGGCUGGUCGUAUUUCGAGGAGAAUAUCAUCUCCUUAGCCCGUUUGAUGAGAACUGAUGAUAAUAGGACGAUUUUGGAGGUGAAAAAUAAGAGAAAGAAGAAGCAAAAGACGGCCUCUGGAGUUGAUGAUAAUGAUUUUGAGGAUGAGAAGAAGGGUGAUAAGAUGCCGGUGAUAAUGGUGAGGACUGAGGAGAAAAGUUUGAGAAUGACAAGGUUUUGGCAACAACACUUGAGCACUUACUUUGGUGGUGAUGAUUAG